AUGCCAGUUUUAUUGCGAUCUGUCGGUUUUGGGGGAAAUCGAAGCAGGAAUUUGAGACCCGGUUCAUCGGUGAGUAUUUUUAGUACUGUACAUUUUUUUACUGUAGAGCAGAGGUCUGAGAGUAGGCAGAAUAAACAUAUUAUGAACACACCUUUGAAACAAUAUAACGGCUGAAAGAGUGUUCAUAAAAAUUUCUGGAACUCGAGAAAAAAGUUCCAAAUUUCUGGACCACGUGAUAAGUUUCCAAAUAAUCCGUGGUCCAUAAUUUCGAAAUUUCAUCGUGGGAAAAUUAGUUUCGGCCCUUUUUUAAACUUCAAAAUCAUAUAAAUGAAAGGAAAGCAACUUUAAAAACUGAAUAAUUGAAAACCCCAUACCUCCAUAAAUUUUCCCAAUUUCCAGAGCUCAAAUGAACGAAACCGACGAGUUUCUCAAGUUUCGGGUACAGCUACAUCCGCAUCUGCAGCUUCCGCAACAAAUCGACCAAAAGAUGAUCGAGUUGUUCAAGUGAGUUUUUUUCUCGGACAGUUUCCCAUUUCAGGAUUUUCGAUUUAGAAAAAAAUCUCAACCGACUUGUACAGAUCUUCACAGUAUAGAGAAUUCAAAAGCGUUUGUUGAAAAUAAUAUUUGUGUGAUCUUUUUUUAGACCACAGAUUUCUAACAUGUUUCCCAAUUUUUGGUUAGAUAUAGACAGGGCUGGUUGGAACGGACAGAGGUAUUCAAUCUCGAAUUAUUUUUAGAAUUUUGGAGUUCCGAUUAUUUAUUCCGAACAAUACUUCAAUAGUUCCAAAUUUCCAAGAUCAAAAUAGAUUUUCUAUUUCUCUGAAUUUUUUGAAUUCUGAUUUUUCAAAAUUUCAACACACUACAGUUCAGAAGAAUCUGCAAUUUUCGGAAUUUUGAAAAUCCAAAAUCCGAUUCCGACUAGCCCUGAAUAUAGAGUUUUUAGUUUCAUUUUUUUUUAGAAAAUGCAUUAUUCUAAAAUUAGUUGUUGAUUUUCAGAGCAAAGUUCACGAAGAUGACGAAGUGGAAAAACCAAAACUAACAAUAGGUCAACGAUUGCAUAAAAUGUAUAAAGAUUAUCAUAUCAAAUAUUUAAUUCCACUAGCAUUCACAAUGGUUUAUAUGUUGAUUGGUGCGAUCAUUUUUUAUUUUCUCGAAUCGGGAGAAGCUGAAAGUCAAGCUAGAAAUGAGGAGUAUAAUUAUAGAAGAGAGCGAAGAUUAUUAUUUUUACGGUUAGAAGAGAUUCUGCACGAUGCGGCAACAAAACAGCGACCAAAUCGGAAAAGAGCAUUGGAAGAAGCGAUGGAUAACUUCGAAAGGAAGUUGAAUUUUAGUGUGAAAAAUGAAUCACAAUGGACAUUUAUGUCUGCAAUGUAUUUUGCUGGAACACUUUUCACAACUAUUGGUAAGGAAUUUUUGAAUGGACUUCUUGAACUUUCACUCGAGAUUAUUUUUUAAUUAUUUUCUGAGAUCAGUUUUUGUGCCUUUGAAUAAACAUCAAUAGUAAAAUCUAAUUGCUUUUAGCCACUAACUAACUAUUCAAAUUUCAGGGUAUGGUGAUAUUGCUUGUUCAACGACAGCUGGUCGAAUAGCAACAGUUAUCUAUUCAUGUGUUGGAAUUCCAUUUAUGUUAAUAACUUUGAAUGAUUUGGGAAAAUUUCUCUAUAAUAACAUCAACGGUUGUGUGAAAGGUUUUGAAGAUUUUACAACUUAUCUUGGAGCUUUCCGAGUUUGCACCUUUCGUAGAAAUCACGGGAAUCUGGGAAAAAUUGAUGAAUUAGCAACACUAGAAGAAGGUGCAAAUCCCGGAGUUAUUCCAAGUAUCGAAGUUUCAUCAAUAGCUUCAGAAUUGGGUAGUGAAAGAAAUGCGAGUGAUUAUGAUGAGAUUGAAGAUGAGGAAGAGAGAGCAAUGCCUAGAAUGAGUGUGAAAGUUGCACUCGGAAUUACUAUUGGUUGGAUAUUCUUUUGUUCUUCAUUGUUCAAACUUUGGGAAGAUUGGACUUAUGCCGAAAGUUGUUAUUUCAUGUUCAUUUCUUUGUCAACUAUUGGUUUGGGAGAUAUUUCGGUAGCAAGAAGAGAGUGAGUACCGAAAUAUUUAUUUUGGGAUUUGGAAAUAUCACAAAAAAUUGGAACCUAUAAUUUAAACCCAGCUGUAUUUCUGAUCUUAUUCCUUUUCUUUGAAUGUUCUCCAAAUAAUAACAAAAAAAAAUUUCAGCAUGAUGGUCCUAUGCUUUGUUUUCGUAAUUGUUGGACUUUCUUUAGUCAGUAUGACAAUUAAUGUGAUUCAAGUUGCAUUGGAAGAUUUUUAUGUGAAUAUGAUGAUGAAGUUGAUUAUUGAGUAUCAGGAAAAACUUGCGGCUGGUAAAAACUUGAUUCAAAAAUAUCUAGCCAAAAUCUGAUUUUUUAGGGGGAGAUCAAAUGGGUGCCUCGGUUGGAAUGAUGAGAAUGUGGGGAAACAAUAAAACCGCCAAGUUCCUUAUGCCUUUAUUGAGUAAGGAUAAAAAGAAGAUGGCAAUGGAGAAAGUUGAAGUGAAGGCGAAAAACAAUGGGAUGGAGGUUCCCACAAUUUUAACAGAUUUGGAUGAGAAAUCCGGAAUGCCUAAGCUUUUUCAUAUCGAAGAAAACAAAGAGGGAGAAGAACAUCCGAAGUUGCUCACUGAUUUGGUGCAGAAACAAAUUGAGUAUGAAGAAGCUGUGGCAGAAACUGCUACUUCGAUGAUUUCACAUGAUGCUAAUACACAGACAGAUAUUUUGAUUCAGUAAGUUUUCAUUCACAUCACAAUCUUCGGGGGAGAAACUAUUUACCAGUUAUGUUUUUUUUUCAGAGAAGAAAAGGGCUAUCAAACUGAUGAAAAGGUUUAUGAAGAGAAAGGAAUGAUAACGGAUGUUGAAGAAAUUACUGUUGAAAAUCUAGAAGUGGAAACUCAAACUGAAAUGAUUCAAAAUAUAAUUGCUGAAACACAAACUAUUAUUCUAGAACACAACGAUGAAGAGACUAAUACAGUACCUCUUCCUACAAAUGAAUCUGACAGUCAGACUGAACAUAUUCAGACGAAAGAAGAAGAACUUCAGACAUAUAUAGAUAUGUGUGAUGCUGAAACAAUUGUUGAAAUUGAAACCAAAAAUAUUCGGAUUCAAACACCGCAGCCAAUUAUUGAACAAAAAUGUGUUCAGACAGAAGAUUUGGAAGAUCGGAAAUCGCCGUCGAAAAUGUCAUCAGCAAAGAAACGACUUCGAAGAGCGUUUGCCAGCAAAUCCAAACCAACCCGAAGUAGUUUAGAACAUCCAGUUAUGAGUGAUUGGAAAGAUGUUGUUGAAGAUGAAGAAGAAGGUGAAGAAGAAACUGUGCCAGAUGAAGAAGAACCAGGAUCUGUUGAAUCAUUGCAUUGGGAUCCGGUAAGAUGAUUUUUCUGAUUUGCACUUUGAAUACUCUUGGGAACAGUGCGAAAAUUUAAUUAUGAAGAAAUGUUCCGAAUAUAAUCCAAAUUAGGUUUUUCUUUCAAAAAAGAAAGGAAGAAAAGAUUGAAUUAAGUAGAUAUGUUUCAACUAAAAGCUUUUCAAGGUGAAAUCAAAGAACAUUCGAGCCUGAAAAUGUUGAAUACUUAGAGACUCAGAGAAAACGACUUGACUGAGCUAGCUGACUAAAAAUGUCACGCAAACAUUGUUUUUCAUUUUUUUUUUGAAGCGAACAUCUUUCAAAUUUUUCUGAAAAUGUGAAUGUUUGGAAAAAAAAACUUCGAAGUAAGCAUUUUUAAUAUUUAAAAAAAAUGAAAAAUCCAAAACAUAAAAAUGGAUUAAAGACUGUUUUUGGUGGACCAAAAAUAUGUUUCUCUAAUUUUCUCACUUUCCCGCUGAAUUUCGUCAAAUUUAAUCCUACGUCAAAUAAAGUCUCUAAAGAUUUCCUGUUCAGAAAAUCAUGUUGUAAAUUAUCAAUAAUAAAAACAAUUUCAGGUCGACGGAAUGCACGCCGAAAAACAAUUACCUGUCAAAAAGCUAAAAGCAAUGUUCGAUUCACCAAAAGGCCAGCGAAAAGUCGAGUGAGUUUUAUCUAAGUGUAUCCGAAUGGUGCAUGAGCACAACUUUGUAACCUGCAAAUGCAAAUCCCUUUGUAGCUUGGCUAGUAAACCUACAUAAAAUCCUAAAAAAAGAGAAGAAACAAUUUCUAAACCGUAAACCGCAAAACAAAUCCCUUGUCCAAUUUUGUCGUUGUUUUUUUUUUGUUGUGACGCAUGAUUUCAGAAGAAAGUACUCGUCAUUCAAUAAAAAACGUGAGAAUUCGAGGUCGCGCAAUAAAUCCGAAUAA